CCGGCGGGCAGUCGAUCGUUGGCCGUCACCGCGUGAGGACGGCGAGGUCGUCCUUGGUCUGACUCUCGGGUUAUCCGGUUGCGCGCGCGACGCGAUUGGUCAACGGCUCUUCCGUAAGCCCCGCCUACCAGGUGGCCGUUCGAAAGUGUGUAGUCGCGUUUCCUUACGUCGGAACGACGAUCGCUGCUCUCUUCCAUCCGCACCGGAUCUUCGGCGUUUCGAUCGGCAGGAAAAGUUUCAAAUGAGUCGGGUCGGAGCGAUAAUAUGCGACGGUCGAGAGGAAACCGAGCAGGUGAAAAAUCGCGAACGCGCUUGAGGAAAAUUCGUCCUCGGCGUUAGCAGCAUCGUCCGUGGAGUGCCUUGCCUACGCCGUGAUAUCGUGUCCGGGGCGGGGGGGGGGAGGGAAUCUCGGCUCUGAUCACGACUAUCACGAGUAUAGUGUGUCGACAGUCGUGAGAGAGAGAGAGAGAGAGAGAGAGAGAAAACGCGCGAGAGCGAGAGCAUACGGCAACUGUGCGGGAGAGGAGAAGGCGGCGGUGGCGGAGAAGGAGCAGGAGGAGUAGGAGGAGGAGGAGGAGGAGGACGACGACGACGUCGUCGUCGUCGUAGUGGCGGCGGUAACGGCGGCGACGGUGACGGUGACGGUGACGGUGGUGGUGUGAGCGCGGCGAGAAGGAAAAACACGUUUCGCGAGGGAACGUCUCGUCUCGAGAGUUCCGGCUAAAGAUACUCCGUCGUCCGCGGUGUUGGUUCCGCACACCGUACGGCGCCAAGUUCGCGCCGCGCGAAAACUCGUGUUCAGAAAAGGAGUUGGAAGAUAAAGGAGGCUAGAACAGAAACGCGCGAGUGUCGAGAGAGAGAGAGAGAGAGAGAGAGAGAGUGCGUUGUCGCGCGGUGCUUCACGGCGUUGCCCAAGCGAGCAGAGGACGUCAGCUGUGUGCUGCGCCAAGGGGACGUGAGUCGUGUGCGCAAGGAGGAGCGAGAGAGGGACAGACAGACGGUGAGGAGCCGCGCACGACGAAAUGGGAGACGAAGAAAUGGCGCUGGUGCCAGAUGUCCAGUAUGGUUUGUCGUCGCAUGGCAAUUUCGACAGGCGCAAGUCUCUAAUAUUCGUCAAGCUCACCGACUCGUCGCAACGUGCCAUCACGGAGUACCUCAAGAUUAAGCAUAAGAUCAACGAGAAACUUAAUAUACAGUUCCUAGGAAAUGAAGGGCAUCUCAGCAUUCCAUCCGUCGACGGAGUGGCCAGAUUCACCUUCAGCAUGGGCAUGGAGAAUUCCCAAGGUGGGAACUUCGAGCUUGCCCAACAGACCGACUCUAAAAGCCUCGAAAGCCUUGGUGCUAUACCAUAUAGGAUGCGGAUACGGGCAAACGAUGACGUUUACGAGACCACCAGGCACAGAAUGGCGGUCGCCGAAGAGAAUAACAAGAACAAAUGCACGAGGGUAAUCAAGGCGAAUGGUCCAGAUAUCGGACGUAAGGUGAAAGUGAAAGCAACCGGAAGGACAAUACCUCCUUCGUCAUCGUAUGCAAGGCAUCGGGAAUCGACGACGAGCAUUCCAGUUUCCGGCAAUAGUCAGCCCAAAGCUUCAACCAACAAGCCGAUUGCUAAUAGUAAUAAUAGUAGUAGUAAUAACCACGUAGCGACAGCUCGUAAUAUGGAGAAAAAAUUUUCCGACAUUAUGCGCAGGCCACUCAAGGAAAGACUUAUCCAUGUCCUUGCUUUGAGGCCCUAUAAAAAACUCGAACUCUACGAUCGCAUCAUUAAGGAGGGCUUGAGAGAUCGUGAACGACCUGUUAUGACAACAAUUCUGAAACAAGUGGCUUAUAUGCGCGACAACACGUAUCAUCUGUACAGGCACAUCUGGAACGAUGUGCAGGAGGAUUGGCCCUUCUACACAGAACAGGAAAGGACAAAUUUAAAGAGGCGAAAACCUCAGAAUCUUACGCCACCCGGCUCGAGUGAUGGUGGUUCCAGCGGUAGCGGUCAGUCGCCCAAUUCCAUUCAUGCGGGCUCACCACCGGCAAUCACGGCACCUCCACCCAAUUUGAUUAGUAAUAAGAGACCAGGAUACUUUCAGGGUAGCGAUGGAUUACCAACAAAGAAACCACGGAUAUCGCACUACAAGAAACCUGAACCUAUCUCCUUCAUCCCCGCUGGUGAAAGAGUGUCUGGCAGUAGCAGUUAUAGUAAUAGUAACAGCAGUGUUAGUGUAACCGGCAGUGGCGAUCGUAUCGUCGAUCGUCCUAUCAGCGUUAAUAGUGGUUGUGAAAGCAGCAAUAGUGGUAGUGGUGGUGGUGGUGGUGGUGGUGGUGGCGGUGGUGGUAGCGGCAAUAGUAAUAAGGGCAGUAGCGGUUUCGACAGUUGGGAAUUGAGACAACAAUUGCAGCGUGAACGCAGCAGUAGCAAUCGUGUCGAUUAUCGAGCCGAAAGGACAGCAAACAGUGAUGUAUCUCGGGAUACUGGGAAUGUCUAUAGUGAUGCUGCCGUCAUCGCCACGGUUCCAAGUGGUUCCAAUCGGUCAUUGAACUUGACACCAUUAUCACCUGAUGAUAGUGAAAGGGGCAAUCCUCAGAACUUCCCAAAUUAUACUGAUGGUGGUAUCUAUGGAACUGUGGGUAAAGUCAUCGACCACAUUGACUGGAGAGACAGAAGCGAUUCUCAAAACCCUUCAAAUUAUUAUCGCGCCGAAAGGACAGCUAAUAGUGAUAUAUCUCGGGGUACUGGAAACAUCUAUAGUGAUUCUGUUGCCAUCACCGCAGUUCCAUGCGGUUCCAAUCAGUCAAUGAACUUAACACCGUUGUCUCCUGAUGAUAGUGAAAGGGACAAUUCUCAGAACCCUCCAAAUUAUACUGAUGACAGUAUCUAUGGAACUGCGAAAAUCGACCACACCGACUGGAGAGACAGAAGUGAUAGGAAUCGAGGUGCGAGGGAAGAGAGAAACAGAGAAAGAGAUUUUAGGAAUAGGAGUAGUACCACGAGUGAUGCGGCUAUUUAUGGUGAAUCCUCUAACAGCGCUCUUACUUAUGCUAGUAGUGCUAUUGGUAAUACCGCCGCAGUCCUGUCGCCGAUUGAUGGGUUUGAAAGGCUGGAAAGCACCGAGCCAUGUCGUGACUACCUCAUGGAAUAUACAACAAUAACUCACCCAGAACAAAAAAGGCGUUACAAACAAGAGUUCUACAAUAAUUACGAUGAAUACCGUAGCUUACACACUGAAGUGCUUGUAACUGCGAAUCGCUUUCAUCGUUUAUAUGAGUUAUAUAAAAAUCAGAACAAGUCGGGCAAUACGAUCGAGAGCGAGAAAACCAAGAAACGUAUGAUUUGCGAGUUUGAUGAGACUAGGCGGAAUCGAGUAUAUUGGCAGAUGAAGAAACGGUUCGAUUAUCUGCACAAUAAGUUGAGCCAUAUAAAACGACUGAUUUUAGAGUAUGAAAGUGAGAACGCCAACAGAAUGCCUGCAAAUAUCAUUAAUAGUGGUAUAAUUAGCACCACUGUGAACAACGGUAGCAACGACAUCAGGGAUAUUGAUAAUCGGCAUUACUGACAUAAACUGAAAAGACCGCCUUUUAUUCCUUCCUUGUGUCUCAAUACUGUCGACAUUGCCGUAGAAUCUGCAUUUUCUCGGCAAGUUCUAAGGCUGAUCUUUUACGGUCUGCACGGUUCCUGUGUUCUAUCGCCGAAAAGUCCCGUCACUUUAAAUGGCUCGAAGUUGCAAGAUUUCGUGUUUAAUGCUUAUCAUAAAGUAUCUUGCAAUGAUAAAUAUACAUCAUAUGGGAAAUAUUCUUCUUGCGAAUUCUGUCACAAGAGUCGACCAUCGCAACGAUUUCCACGACGACGACGACCUCGCCGACUCUCGUUAUCACGGUAAGGCUCGCGCGCAUCAACUUUGAUCAACAUUAAUACUUGCAUGGUGAAGGCUGAUGACAAUCGAGUACAUUCAGGAAAUAAGUAAAGAAGAAAAAUGCACACAGAAAUCUGGAAAUCCAUACACAAAUGGAAAUAAGGGCAUUCUGACAGUGAACGUAAAAAAAAAUUACACAGGAACAUACGGAGAUUUAAAUGGUCCUGUGGCGACUAAGUGAGACGUUGUAGAAAAUCGAAGAAAAGAAAGAAGGCGUAACGAAAAAAAGUUAAACUCUGUAAUAAGUUACUUAUAUACCGUGCGCACGUCCAAGUGUGUCGUCCACUUUAAAAAUACGUAAAUGAAAGAAAAGAAACAAAAAAAACGAUUAGAUGUGAGAAGAGAGGGUCCAAGAGAUAAUAAGGCUUAUCGCGUGCCACGUCCGGAUUUCUUUUUGUCCACCGGAAGGAAGAAAGAAAACUGGCUCGCAGAGAUACAUAUACAUGCAUACACUUUAUCCACGAGCUGACACGAAUCUUUCACGCGCGAUUUGUGUGUGCUCGUCGCAACUUGAAAAAGGACUUGGAAAAAAAAAUAAAAUCGUAUUAUCUUAUAUAUGAGACAGGGAUCGUAAUAUUUCGUGAUUUUAAGAUUCUUUGUUGGUUCUUCGUUCUUUUUUUCCUUCGCUGAUAUGUUUUAUAUUAUAGUGAUUAUUGAUUAUCUAAUAGGUAUGGUCAGUUGAUAAGGAAAAAGCGAGACGAUAAACAGCCUUAAAGAAAAAGAAAAGCAAAACAAAUAAAACUGAUUAAUCGCAAAAAUAACUUGAGCAGAUGAAAUUAUAUCUUGAAUUUUAUUCGACUUUAAAUUGUUUUUAAACAAAAUGAAUUCUUUUUAAAGAAAUGGAGAGAUAAAGAUCUGGAGAUCCCCAAAUUAUUUUGACUCCAUAGUGAUUUAGAUUAUAAAAAGAGACGUGGCAUAUACAUUAUACUAGUUUUUAUGAUUUUAAAUAUUAAUUAUCGAUGAGGAGCAGCAAAGGAAGAAGUGUUUCGGUACAGUGCGAUCUAUAAAAGAAAGGGAAAAAAUUAAUAUGAAAUAUAUAGUUUUUAUAAUAAUUGUCAAUCACUAUUAAUAAUUACUAAAGGACAAUAUCAUAUGUUGUGUAUAGUCUCGUAAUGAGUAAUGUAAAAAUACUUUUGUUUAGUUAUUGUAAUUAAUAGUUAUACAUAUAAUAUUAUUGGUAAUUAUUAUUAUUGCUAUUGUUAUAUUAUUAUUCAAACGGAUAAAAAAUACAGAUGAUAUUUGCGUACAUCGAGUAUAUUGCAAUAGGACUUUCAAGAUGAUCUUUUCGAUUGAAUUUACAUAGAAAUCCACGGUGCCAAGUUUUUUAAUACUUUAUUUUUAUAAUCUUUCAUACGCAGGAUAUCAUUGAAAAUUAUUCAUUGGAAUAUUGUGCAAAUAGUUUACAUAUUCAAUAUAUUAUUAUAUUUCACAUGUGUAUGUAUUGUAACGUAAGUUCCAAAAAUUUUGGUAACACGUAUUAAUAUCUUUUUGAAAUUUAUAUAUUAUUUUAUUAUUUUAAUUUACAGGUUUAAAAAGAUUAACAAUUCCGAAACGCCUGAAAUUUUUAGCGAUUGACUAACAUUCUGUAUGUUUUAAACGAUUAAUUCCGGUACGCAACGUUACUUUAUUCGGAUAAUCCUAGUCUCUUAUUGCUCAUUAACAUAUUUUUUUAUGACUGCAAAUAAUUUUUCCAUCCAUCGAGUCAUGAAUGUAAAGAAAAGAAAGCAUGCGUGUCACGUGUAUAAAAUGCUUAGGAGAAAUUUAAAAAAUAUAAAUGGUCUACCGAAUAUCUUAAUGAUAAAUUAAUUGUAUUGCCCUUAUUUUUUCUUCGCAGAAAUUUUAUCGUUAAUCUGCGUUUACUUCCUUUUUUACUUUGUUGUUCCUGAGCAUAUUCAUAGAAUUGUUGUGUGAUUAAAUUUACGAUCAACAAUAGGACAGUUUAGAAUGUUGUUUAACAAGUUACGUUUUUUUGUCUGUCUUUUUGAUGACUGUUCGGUGAAAUACGCAAUAUUUAUGUUACUGCCCGAUACUAUUAGUUGAGUUUGUAGAUCCAGGACAACUGCUUUUGAAUAUCAAUUCCGGGUUGUUUAGCGAUUUUCCUCUGGGGCUCUAUUCUGUACUAGCUACCGGCAACUAUCGGUGUCGUUGCGCAGGCUUUUGGUCAUAUAAAAUAUCUGCGCAACGACACCGAUAGCUGUCGGUAGGCGGGAUAGAAUUGAGCCCCUGAUUUAUCGUUUAGUUAUUUACACACACACACACACACACACACACACACACACACACACACACACACACAUACAAUUAUAUAAUGAAAAUGUUAAGAAAGUCAUUGUUAUUGAAUGAACCUUUUUAUUACAAAACAGCGAUAUUGUAGAAUUUUUUUUAUAGUUGUGCAAUACACAUUGCGAAAGUCAUUGUAGAUAUAAAUAAUUUUAUGUAAUGUUAUAAUGCGCAUUGCAUCAUGUGAAUUUUUUUUUAUUUUUAUUUUAAGAACACAUAAUGUACGAGAAACGAUAUUUCGGUUAGAGUCUUUAAGCAAAACGUCGGAAAAUUAUUGUACGUUUGAAAAAAAAGAAGAAACUUUGUCCUAAUUGAACGUAUGGUACAGUGUUGAACGUUAGCCGCACUAGCAAAACUAUAUUUCUACAUCUAAAUAUUUAUAUGUGCAUUGCACGUAUAUUAAAUCUGUAUUGAACUGUAUCAUAAAUUUAAAUUUGAUCGGAAAUUUUAUUGGUCUUAUUUAAAGAAUGAAGGAAUCUGUUAGAUCAGUAUAUUCUCUUAUAAUUGUAGAUAUAUAUUUUAAAUCCUCUAUUCAAAUCUCUUUGCAUUAAGAAAUAUAAUUUAAAGGAAAAAGAUAAGAUAUUGAUGCUUGUAAUUUUUGUCUAAUGUUCGUAUAAUAUAUAUACUCAUCGGUUUUAUAAAGAAUAUACGUGCUGGUGAUUUUUAUUUUAUAUGACGCUGUAUCAUACAAAAGUUCGAUACAUAAAAUAUCUUGAUAAAGACUCGCGGCCGAGUAUCGAGCGUUUUUUUUCCAGGUCUGUAGUUACCACGUUAUACCAGUCAGUGCCCUUUGUAAAUUGUAUUACUUGUAAAUAAUGUUUGCUACGAUUACGUUGUAAAUCAAUAGACGGUGUUCUUCGUUAGCUAUGAAUUUACUUGAGCUACAGCAAGCACGUUCGAUUAAGCACUCUCGUCCUCCAUCGACCGACUAAUCGAUCAUCUUAAUAACCCGGCCGAGAAAGAAUGUAAACAGUGCCAAAGAAACUGAACCGAAACAAUAUUCAAAUAAUAGGAAAUACGAUCGCGAUAUGUAACACGCUUGAUUUAACCAAAGGCGAGGCGCAACCAAUUUCUUUCGCGCUCGUCGCUUAAACUCCUUUAAACUCGAACGAUACAAGUAUUGCUCUGGUAGUUGCGUUCUUGCGAAGUAAGUGCUCUUAAUGCUGCGCUUAGCGUCAUCAAAUGUUUCAUGCCCUAAUUAACGUCACUUCGUUAUUGUUUUGCGAGGAAAGAUAAUCAUUAGGGAUCGCUGUUUUUUGAAUGAAAGAAGAGAUAUCAUUCUCUUGAUUGUUUGACAGAACGAGCAAAUUUAGGCGAUACGUUCAAUUUGCAGAGUAUAUAAACACAAUUUAUAUGAAUAUAAUUACCCGCACAAAUGAAAGUUCCGACUAUAUGCUUGUUCGCGAAAGAGAAUCAAAACUUACGCUAGGAAAUAGUCUCGUUCCUAUUAAUCGCAAGAUACAGGAGAGGACCGUUUGAUUUUAUUAGAGGAGGGAUUUCCCUUGAAUCAUCGAUUUCUCGGCAAACAGACAUUAUUCUUUUUCGGUAAUUUAGAUUGAAGCACUAUUUUAUUCGUGAGACAUGCGACAGUUACAGGUGUACUUGUUCAACGUCUAUAUAGCCGGAAGUCGGUGCGCAUUCAGGAAGAUCAGUGCCCUUAUUUCUCUCGCCGUAUACGCUCGAUACUGCCUCCAAAAUUAUCCUACAUUAUUUUGCUCCGUCCGUGUGCGGAUGAGCGAUGUUUUUGCAGAUCGUAUCCACGCUCAAAAGGUUCAAAUGACGCUCGGACGCUUUGCGUCUCCUCCCCCCUUCUUUCCCGACUUGUCGAAUAAACGAAAACUUCAAGUGCCAAUAUUAGCGUAAAUUAUAUUGUAUAUAAUACGCAUACACACAUUAGUAGCAUAAUCUUGCGUGUAUUGUCUCUUAAUGGUAUGUGCAAAGCUGAUAAAGAAUAUUUAUGUGCAAGUUUCGACUUUGAGAAAUCACGAUUUUCUUCUCGACAAUAUAACAAUUACAUCAUCUAAAUUAUCUAAUUGGAUCUCUAAUCGAACAUUAUAAAUGCAUGCCGGAAUUAAGGAAUUUCGUAGAGAUUAAAAUUUACGUACGAUCUUAGACAGACAUCUUAAUUAUUUGUCUUUCUUCCUCUCUCGUAUACUUGUCGCUUAUUUUUCUCUCAAUCAGAGAGACUCGACCAUUCAAUUUCUCGAUAUUCUCGAGCAGACAUUCUUUAUGUUUGUAGAUUUUUUCUCAGAGACAAAACAAACUCGGAAAGAUGUCUUCCCCUUAAUAAUCAAAUUCUCACCUAAUUGAAAUCCUCAGCAAAUCCUCGCGAACCAAAAUUUCUUCCUGAUCUUUUCUCUGUUGCAAUUCUUCGCAGGAGUUUCGGGUCAUUCCAAUCGUAUUUUUUCGUAGUGUCGCACAAUAGGAAAGCUCGUUGCAUUUUUAAAGAAAAAGUACUCAUUUUUGUUGAAAAUAUCAGGAUGCCGAAAUAAUACUUGGCGAGCUCACAAUUUUCGCGAGGAGCAAGAACAAUGCGCACGACUGCGACGCACUGUGGAUUAAAAAACGGAGCAAUCACAUUCGAUGUAAGAUCUCGUUUUUUAACAUCACAACUUGUCUCAAUCGAAUGAGAAAUUUGAUCGGAAAAGAACAGAUGAACAAAUUAAUUCGGCAACGCAUAUCUUUCGGAAUCAUUAACCUGCAAAUGCGAUUCAGUCGCUGGGAGACUCGAUCGCGGAGUAUCAUCUUACGAGUAUCCAUUUUUUCGAGAAGCAUAUCACAUAAGAUGUCCUUUCGCAAACUGUCCUCGCGAAGAUAUCAUUUCCGAAGAAGAAGAGAAUCGAGUUAAGAGAUCAGAGACUCACUUUCCACCUGAUCAUAAAAAAAGAUCUCCUUCAGUCUGUCUUUCUUGUUGGAGAAAAUUGUCGAGAAAACGUGCAGCUACUACAGGUCUUUCAUUGCAAUAUCAUCUUGAUACAAAAAUUUGAUCUCGAGUCUAUCCUCGGUCCGGAAAAGAAUCAUCGCGCGCGACGUUUCUUUUUCUUCUUAUAAGAAACGAAGCAUCUGUCUUACUUGCAACGUUUCGCCGUAAAUUUCGUGAGUUAGCGCAAAAGCUAAUUUGCAACGUGACACAGCUGCAAAGGAACGUAUAUGGACAACGAAAGUCAUUCUUCGUCAUUCUUGAAUAUUUAUCAUUUUUUGCAAAAUCCCGCCGCUCCCACGAAGCAUUCGAUAACACUAUUGUUUUCUACUCCUUAUUUUUCUUCGCGCCACGCUCGACAGUCACCGCGUAACGGAAUGAGAUUCCGUUCGUCAUGUAGCGAUGUAUUUUUUGACUGUGAUGUGUUGCUAGAAAACUUUGUAAUAAUAUAAUUUGCUCGUGCACCGAAAUGAUGCGCGCGACGACAUGCGUUAAGUUUUUCUCUUGAAGAAAGAAUGUUAACCCUCUGUCUACGGUCCGUUUGAUUCCCUACGUUUAUCAACAAUUAUAUGAUCAAUUGAAACAAAUUAAUAAUGAUAAGAACAUUUAAUUUCUUUCAAUUGCAUUCAAAUAAUCUAAAAUUAAUUAUUUCAAUUACACAUACACACACACACACACAUUUUUUUGACGCUUUAUUGCAAAGUCAUGGAAUUACAUAAAUAAUUUUAUUUGAUUACAAUUUAUUUAAGAAGAUUUUCGUUAGAAACAGAUACUUACUGUUUUAAUGGAUCUAGAUAGAGCAUCUGUAGAUAAAGGGUUGACGCGAUAUUAAUACGAAAAAAGUAUCAAAGGUCGAAGGCAAAGAACUGAGGCCCGUAGCAGAAUUUAUGUAUUGACUGAAAAGGCGUUUUAGAGAUUAAAGCGAAUCACGAAGGAGAGAACGAAGAAAAACGAAGAAACACGCAAUGUUGCGGUCAAAUAUCGUUCGACAUCUCAAUGAUACGAUGAUCGAUCGAUUCGUGAUGAAUGUGCUCGCAUUUUUUUCUCCCGUUGUGAAUUUAUAUCAAAAUAAAAAAGUCCACGGCACGCUGGAGAUCGACCUCGUUAAGGCUUUGAAAGCCCAUACUUGCAUAAGAUGAAUAUUUGUUUUCGGAUGGAAUAUAAAAUUCUUCCUGGUUUUUUUAACCGUCAAAAUUUUUUAGAACGUCAAAAUUGUUUAGAAAUUUUUAGUCGCAAAUCUUCAAAAGAUAAGAAAACGUUGGGAAAAAAUGAUUCUCUCAGAAAGAAGCCAGUUUGAUAGCAGAUCUCAAUGCGGAAAAUUGACGAAAGCAAGCCAAGCUUUUCCCUGCGAUUGAUUGUCGCUGAAUGGUUGAAGAAAGGAGGAUCGAUUACUGCGUGCCAAAUCAAGGAGCGAAGGGAUAUUUUGUAUGUGCUUAAAAAAAUAUAACGAAAAGAAACUUAAGAUGCUUUCCGGAUGACUGACAAUUGUGACUUAAGGACCGCGAGAAAGUAGUCUUACAUUAUUCAGUACCGAUCACAGAAGAAUAUAAGCGGUGGAACGACGAGAGAAAUGAAUGGAUUUAAAUACAUGUGUGUGUAUGUGUGUAUAUACCACACACACACACACACACACACACGUAUACGUGCGUAUAUAUAUCCAUAAGAGUGCGAGAAUGCGAGAGAGAAAGAAACAGAGCGAGUGAGAUGAUAAUUAUUACGAUGACGACCGGGCGACUCAAUAUUUGCAUGUAUAGGUAUAUAUACAAUGUACCCCGUGACUUUUAUUGACGACGACUGCAUUGCUCCCCUUGACAAAGGCUCGUAUAUUCAUUACAUAAUUGUAUUUGCAAUUAUUACCUAUACAUAUAUAUAUAAAUAUAUAAAUAUAUAUUAUAUUUACUAAUUAAAGUAUACAAAACGAAAAUGCGAAUAAAGAGGAAUUAAAUAUAUUGUUAGCGAAGAAAAAGAUUUUGCAGGCCAGCUUUCGGGGCUCGCUCGUGUGGAACACUUAGCGCUCCCUCCGUGCCGUCUCGGGGGAACUCGCGCGGAUCAGUUUACAGGGAAUGCGAAUUUUCCUCGUUGACUCUCCGAUGCGUUUUGAGCUUUCGAUGAAAGUUUUCUCGCGUUACCCGUCGCUCUGUCGCGUCGUGCGUUACGACUCUGCGAGAUUAAGUUUUAAACUAAGACUAAGGCUGUGGCCAUCCCGUACACUUUAUUCCGCACAACGGCAAUCUAAUUAUUUAAUUAUCCCUUUUAAUUAUAUUAGGUGUAAUUUAUGGGGAGGUGAAUCGGAGAGUUAAUCCAAUCGUGUCAAUCUUUUUCUCCGUCUCUCUCUUCCUCGUGCCUUCCUUGCGACGUCACCGUCGCUCUUAUCAAUCAUAUCUUCGAUUUUGUAUACAAUCGUCGCGUUUACGAGACGAUUUAUAAAGCGCAAUUUUCCUAAGGUUUGUUGGGACUGAUGUUCCUAUCUUCAUACAGUCAAUUUUAGCGAUCGGGAGUUCAAAUCGAGAUCCAGUCUUCUUUUUCCCCAGCUCUCCAGCUAUCCCCUUCGUUUCCGUCGUAAAAGUAGCUCUCUCUCUCUCUCUCUCUCUCUCUCUCCCCUCCCCUUUUCCUUCUCCCUCUCUCACUCUUUGUAUAUCAAAAACUGCACUUACAAUAUCUAUUCGCGAAUGGAAUUAUAAUAGUUUCCACCUUGCUUCUAAUUCAGAAGUGAAAAUUUUGUGGCUGAUAUCGUCGAUUUUUCUUCAAAUUCGGAACGUUGAAUCGUUCACGUCAUCAAUUUUUUAUUGUCUCAAAGAGAAGCGAAAAACUGUCGACAUCAACAAAAUAUAAAAGAAGUUGUAAAAAUUGUAAUCCUUAACUAUUGGCGCAUCACGGGAAAAGAGGGAAUCUCCAUAUUUAUCUUCAUACAUGAAAUUUUCUUGAUUUCCACGUUCCUUUUUUUUCACCUCAAUCCAUCUUUCGAAAUCUUCAUACCGAUCUCUGCCAUAAACUCCCUCAAAUAUAUCGUUGCCUAGGCGCAUCGUAUACCGCGAGCUCUCUGGCCGGUUUCAAGGCCAGUCGCGUACCAUUCUAUCUCUACUAAGCGAAGAAUUGUCAGUGCCCUUCCUCGCGUAUAUAUUUACACGAUCCGUUUCGCGAUUUCCCCGGAAUAAUGUACUUUCAUUGCGUUCCACACGAGCCUCCCCGUCCCCGAACUCAGGCCGCGCUCGUGCUUCUGUUUAUUCGAAUUGUGCAUGAAAGAAAAAGCGUAGGGGAAAAAAGCCACGCGACAAAAAAAAGAAAGCGUAACGAUAACAAGAUAGAAGGGCAAAACAAAAAAAAGGUAAAGGGAAAAGCGAGUGAAUACGAUACGACGAUAAUCUCGCAUUGACGAAAUCGAUGACGGUAAAUUGCGAUGCGAUGAGUUGUAAAAGUAAAGAGCGAUGAUGUGUGUAUGUUUGCAGACGGAUCGUCCGUCCAUCCGUCUGCCUGCCUGCCUGCCUGCCUGUGGUGCGCAGCGAUCACGCGUAUCGAUAUACCGAUUAACGUAAAUUUGCGCGUGACAAUAUAGAAAAUGUGUACAUAUAUCGGGAGUGCGAUUUUAGUGCGGAGAAUCGGCGGGUUUUCCCGUCUUCAGCGUUUCUUUGUUUUUUUUUUCCCGUUACAUUAACGUAAUUUGUACAUAAUUUCCUUGUUUAACGAUCUAAAUCUUCGUCGUUGUUGAUCUUCCGAUUGCGUUUAAUUCGAUUGGAUGUCACGCGAGUGAGAGGAACAAAGCGAGCGACUGUUCCUAUUCGUUGUUGCUGUGUGGAUCGCCUUUUGUUAUCCACGCGAGGACUUGGUUUGUAAGAUAGAUCGAAGGCAGAUCUAUUAAAAAUGAAUCCUGAGUAAAUUUGCCACGGCUGUGCCUGAUUCGAGGGACCGAGAGUCAAAAGGACGAAACGCACCUGCCUCGAUCGACUCGACUCGGCUCGUAUGCGUGCGGCAAAUUAAUUGGAUCUUGUAUUAUUAACGCUAAUUGAUUCGCUAAGUAAGGACAUGCGAAAUGAUCAGAGCGGCGAGCUCUUCCGCGAACGAGUCAAGAGAAUGUUAAGGCCACAUCCGGUCCGCAUUUCCGUCCGCGUACGCAUGACACAAGUCCGCGGCGAGGAAGAAGCGAAAAAUCUUUCCCGGAGACUCCGGUGUCCUCCGCGAGUGUCCCAACAACAAUCUCUGUCCAUUUCACGCGAGAGUCGCGUUGGCGAAGCAUGCAAUGCAUAGGGUGUCCGAGACGGCUGUCGGAAGAGAAUGCUAGAAAAAAAUUGAACUCGUUCUCGACAAAUAAAUUUUUUGUUAUUAAUAUUAAUUUUAUCUUUUGAGAACAGCGACACGUUCAACUUUCGCCACACAACUUUGGACACACCAAAUUCCUUUCGUCUGUCGUAAAAUCUAUCGCUGAAGGAUGACCGACGGUUCGCGGACACCCUGUAAAAUAAGUGAAUGAUCUAAGCAUCGAAGAAAUACCCUGGCACACCUCGACUCACUUCGCAGUAGAGCUCAUUCGCAUGGUGUGUCUCGAACGUCCAAGAGAUAUUCCUCUUUCCGAAUUUGUGACUUCCAAAAAAGCGAGGCAAGAUCGCGGGAAACCUUCCUCGCGAAAGGCAGACUCAAACGCCGGUUCUCCGAUUCUCGAGCGAGCACUCUGAGAUGCAAAAAUCGGCGGGCAAAUUAAAAAAUAUAUAUAAUAACUAUAUUUAUUCGAACGACUUGCCAAGUUUUGUUGCAUAGUGUACGUGAGAUAAAUUUAGACAGCAGUAAAAAAAUCAUACAAAAAAAGGUAAUAAAACGGUUAACAGAUACGAUGAUCUGGCGGGAUUUAACGGACAUAAGUUAGCUAUUGUGAGCAGUUUUCACGAAAUAUUGAUGUAUAUAUCUUAAGUUUGUAUUAUAACUUUCCUCACACUUAAUUUGUAUGAGAGAAAUGAAGAAUUUCGAACAUUAAAAUCAUGAAUGAAAAAA